GACUCUCUGCUGUCACUCUAUGGACUGUCACUCUGACCCUCUAUGACUGUCACUGUAUGGAAUGUCGCUGUCUGUGGCCGUCGUGUUCUUCACGCUCCAGCGCUCCGCCGAGCAGUCACAGUCACUGCCCCAUACAGGUGUUCAUUCCUUCCGUGGGCUCUCCUCCUGAGCGGCAGGCCCGGCCACCAAUCACUUUUCAGGCUGUAUUCCGGGGAUCCAAUCAGCUACAGGUGGUCGGCUGGUGUGCGCACGUUAUCCGUGGUGUGGAGGGCUGUCCGGGGUGCUCGGGGCUCCUCUAUGUACGGAUCAUCCAUGGCCGGAGAAGGACACUAGCGGUCGCUGUGCUCGGCCAGGCACCGAUCUGCACACACAUGUCCCCGGGUGUUGUGUACUACACACUGAUCACAUUCCAUAGGAGCGGAUCGCACGGGACCGGCCAUGGCCAGGAGAUCAGCAGCAACCAACGUCCUCGGGGAGGACUUCUCGUUCGUCAGCCCGGUGGUGAAGUAUCUGCUCUUCUUCUUCAACAUGCUCUUCUGGGGCAUAUCUCUGGUGAUGGUGGGAAUUGGAGUGUAUGCUAGACUCUUGAAACAUGCUGAGGCUGCUAUGGCUUGUCUUGCCAUUGAUCCUGCUUUACUACUUAUAGCCGUUGGUGUUUUGAUGUUCCUCAUUACCUUCUGUGGAUGUAUUGGAUCUCUAAGAGAAAACAUCUGCCUCCUUCAAACUUUCUCCAUCUGCCUGACAAUAGUCUUUCUGCUGCAGCUGUCUGCGGGCAUCGUGGGCUUUGUCUUCUCUGACAAGGCUCGGGGAAAAGUCAGUGAAGUGAUUGGCAAUGCUAUUGUACACUAUAGGGAUGACCUGGACUUGCAGAAUCUUAUAGACUUUGGCCAAAAAGAGUUUAAUUGCUGCGGGGGCAUCUCCUACAAGGACUGGUCUCAGAAUAUAUACUUCAACUGUUCAUCGGAAAACCAAAGCAGAGAACGUUGUGCAGUGCCGUAUUCCUGCUGCCUACUUGAGGAAGAGGAGACCGUCAUAAAUACCAUGUGUGGACAUGGCAUGCAAACUUUAGACUAUUUGGAAGCCGGAGAAUAUAUUCACACCAAUGGCUGCAUUGACAGGCUGGUUAACUGGCUGCACAGUAACCUUUUCUUGCUGGGUGGGGUGGCGCUGGGACUGGCCAUUCCUCAGCUGGUUGGAAUUCUUCUUUCUCAGGUCUUGAUUAACCAGAUAAAAGACCAAAUAAAACUUCAGAGGUAUAACUUGCAGCACCGGUCAGACCCUUGGUAUUGAGAAAGGGACAAAGUUGAGUGGACAACACUGCUGUAAGCAAGAGCUCUUCUUCCAGAAGCAGGGAGAAGAUGCAAAGGAAUCGGUCACAUGUCUGUCACAGGAUGCUCAGCACAGCGUGCAGACUCAGAAUACUGGCUUCACAAAGGGAUCUGGAGCAGCCAAGCCUUAUAAAUGACUGUUGCUUUUUGCCUGAAGUAUUAUAUAAUGUAUUUCAAGGAUUUACAUUUGAAGGUCAAUCUGCAAGGGUGCAACGCCAGCAUGGCAUUAGAGUAGCUUUAUUAGCUUUGUUAUAUUUUUCAUACCAGUGAUUUUGGAGUUAGGCGUAAGACAUGACAUAUCUGGCUUAAAGUGUUACAAAACCCACAACAGUAAAAUCAGUCUGUCUAUGCAGUAAAGCAUGUCUGUUAUACUCACUGUGGAACCUAAGGAGU